GCGGCUAGAUUUGCAACGUCUGGAUUUUUUUGUCCAUCUUUAGGUCGAAUUAUUUUCUUCAUUUUUCAUUCAAAACCCACAAUGUCGGAUUCCGACGAAUAUCCAGAGACGAUAGAAGAACUCAGGGCUGAAAUUGAGCGUCUGAAGGACGAGUUAAACCUUGCCAGUCAGGAAAAAAUUCAGGCGGCGGAAUACGGCUUGGUUGUUCUGGAGGAGAAGCAAGCGUUGAAACAACAAUAUGAAGAACUGGAAGUGUUGUUCGAAACCGCUAAACAGGAGCUUCAGCUGGCAAAAGAGGCCCUGGAUCAGCACCAGAUCCAUCAAAAGAAACACACCCUUCAAGAAGUCAACCGGGAAGAGAGUCUCCUCCAAGAAACGGCAACGAGAGAGGCGGACCUCGUCGAUCGUAUCUCUGAUCUGGAGUCGGAGAUCAAGACGAGUCGUCAGGAUCUAACGCACACCAAGAUUGAGAAUGAACGGUUACACGCACGACACAUUGAGCUGGUCAUGCAAACGGAGAAGCUGGAAGCGGCCAAGAAGACGUGCAAAGAUGACAUCAGAGACACUAAGUUUCGGGAGUCGAGGCUUCUUCAGGAUUACAGUGAGCUGGAAGAGGAGAAUAUUGCUAUGCAAAAACAGAUUUCAAUGUUGAAGUCAUCUGUUGUGGAGUACGAAGCCAUGAAGCAUGAGAACCGCCGUCUGACGGAGGAAACUCAGUAUCUGAACACUCAUAUCGAGGACUUGAUCCGGUUGAGGGAGAUUGCCGACAAGCAGAUCGAGGAGACACUUCAGGCGCUAGAAGCUGAACGAGAGCAGAAGCAUUAUCUCAAGAAGCAACUGGACCAGGCCAUGAUCAUGGAGAUGGAGGCGUUCAACAAUGACCUUAUGAAUAGUUCAGGACUCUUGGCUGGUGAUAGCGACUCAGAUACAGAGUCCCAGUCCCCGGAUCAUCCAAUCCUUCGGAGGAUGGAGUAUGAGUUCCAAUCGACCAAUGGCACGAAUGGGGACAAUGCUCACGCACAGCUGUCAACCUGUACUGGCUCUGAUUUAUACAGUGAACUGCAGUCGACAGAAGUGCAGAAGUUAGAGCAGCAGUUGGCACAGUUACAGACGGAGAAAUCAGAGUUGUCACAGAAUCUGGAGCAGACAAUCGGGGCACUGAACUGCCUCCCUGAUGAAAUGUAUGUCUCGGGGACAGAUAGUGAAGCAGAACCGUUACCGGAAGACUUGAACAUGCAUCAGCGCAAAUUGCUGAACCUUGUGCGGCUUGUACAACACCACGAGAAGAAAUACACAUCAGCAUUGGCUCAGAUUGCUGCUCUCAGAGCUAAAGUGGACAGCCAGCAGGACAAGCUAAAUGAAGAGAGCAAGAAAGCGGAUCUGCAGUCAGAGGUGGACCUCUUGAAUGACAGGAAUCGGCAUCAGGAAGGGACAAUCAAAGGUCUCCAAGGACAAAUGAGACAGAUGAAUGACAUCAUCAUCGAGUCGCAGGGACACUUGAAUUGCACGCAAGAUGAACUGAUCAAUGUUAGCGAGGACUUGGCUCAGCUGUAUCACCACGUCUGUAUGGUAAACGGUGAAACCCCCAACCGAGUAAUCCUAGACCACCUGAAAGCCACGCGGCAAAGUAGAAGAGAGAGCUUCCGUGCUGAAAUUGCAAGCAGAUUAAAAGAGGUGUCGUUUGAUUCGGAGGCAAUCAGGGAAAAAUCAAACUUGAGUUCCGGCGAUGCAGAUGGAAACGCGAGCGCCGAUGAAGGCUCCUCACCAGCAUCCAGUGUAAAGUCAUCCACGCCAGUAUCAAGCCCGUCAAGGCGACUCCAAGUCCAAGAUGCCUCCCCAAGGAAGAUGACUAGUGAUCCCAUAACCUGUAACAACCUCCUGACAACAAUUCGGGAUCAGAUUAAGUAUCUCAAACGCUCUGUUGAGCAUGCUGUUGAGAUGUCGCGGCAGCGUGGUAAUGAGAGCAGUGGAUCAGCAGAAAAUGAAGACUUACGUGAGGAGGUUAUGAAACUCAAAGCACUUCUUGCAACGAAGCGGGAACAAGUGGUGACACUAAGGACCGUUCUAAAAGCAAAUAAGACAACUGCGGAGGUUGCACUCGCCAACCUCAAGGGUAAAUAUGACAAUGAGAAGUGCAUUAUUGCAGAGACAAUGAUCAAAUUGAGGAAUGAGCUGAAGGCACUGAAGGAGGAUGCGGCCAUGUUUGCCAGCCUCCGUGCCAUGUUUGCGACGAGAUGUGACGAGUACGUUACCCAACUGGACGAGAUGCAGCGACAGGUCUCGAGCGCCGAGGAGGAGAAGAAGACACUCAACUCACUGCUGCGUAUGGCCAUCCAGCAGAAGCUUGCUCUGACACAGAGACUGGAGGAUCUAGAGUGCCACACGGAGUUGCAGCAGAUCCACCCAAGGAAGCCUGCACAGAGGCGUCACAAACCCUCCAAAGUAAGCCACCCAGUCUACAUGCAGGGUUAUGGCCCACCCUUUGGGCUGUUCCCAAUGCCGGUAGCAUCCCGAUAUGCUCCUUUAGCUCUUUCUAUGCCUCAUCAUUCACAUCUUCCUCCACCCCAUCCCUCACAUCUUCCUCCACCCCAUCCCUCACAUCUUCCCCAAUCUCAUCCUUCACAUCUUCCCCCAUCCCAUCCUUCACAUCUUCCCCCGUCUCAUACUCCUCCUCCCCCUCCACCUACUCCUCCCCUUCAGCAGGUCAUGUUACCUCCUCCACAACAUCCCCAUCAUUUUCAUCCCCCUGGGCCGCCCCAUUUCUAAACUACAUGUACUUUUGGGGUUUGCUUCACAACAGACCUUUAUCAUGGUGAAGCCAUCUUGUAUUCCUCCCAUUUAAAUCAAUGUAAUCAAACCGAGGCUGGGAGGACAAAAAAUAGUCUGGCACAGUGAGAGAGAUCAGUAUUCAUUAUAGAUAAUGCACACUGGGUACAAGACAAUGAUGGUCCUCCUUUGUCAUGGGGGAGCCAUCUUGUAUUCCUUCCAUUUGGGUCAAUGUGACUUCAAACCGAGGCUGGAAGGACAAAAAUAGUCUGGUAUAAUGAGAGAAUCAGUUUGCAAUAGAUAAUGCACAAUGUUGGUCUUGGCAUGAUAAAGGUCUGUUGUUGGGAACUUUGUCCUGUUGAUUGUUCAGUGGCUUCAAUUCUGGGCAUAUUUUUUCCCCCGGUGAAUGAGUUGUCCGCAAUUCCGAUCACACUGUGACAAUCAUUUUUAGCGGAACGAAAGCCAGGACAGAGUGUCCAGUCUCUACGGGACCUUAUUUCUAACCGUAACUCAUUUUGCAUGCAGGUGGAAUUUGGAUGAUGUUUUAACAAUAAUUAAUUUAUUCUAAAACAAAAGUCAUCAUUUUAUAGUGAAGUGCAUUUCGCAUCGAUGACGAGACUUUUCAGAAGAAUGAACUUCAGAGAUUGCUUUUAGCACUUGCCCCCAGGCCUAGUGAAGAAAUUCUGAAAUGUGCACAUCAAGUGUUCAUCUUUAUGUAAAUUUGAUUGUUUUAUUGGUUUUUUUAAUGUGUACAAAUUUGUAUUUAAAGACUUGGCGUGAUGUACAGUCUGUACAAGUGAUAUUUAAGGCAUUUGUGAAUGCGUUGUUCUUUGAAAUUUGGGAUACCCCAAGAACUAUAUGUUUUUAUUUAAGUUUUCAAAAAACAAAAACAACUCAUUUGUAUAUAAAGAUUUCAAGCAAUUAGUUUUAAGUUAGAUGUGGACAAAAUAAAUGUUUUUCUAAUUGGGCAGCACCAAGCACCGCACCCUUUUCUCUUACGUAAUACAUGUACAUGUACAGUACAUUGUAUACAGUCAUGACAGAAGUGUACAUUUGUAAUGCGUUAACUGAAACUUUGAAGAAAAAACUUAGUCUGUCCACAGAAAUGCAAAAGAACAGAAAGUUAUUUGAAAGUUUGUUUUAUUAUUCCUGAAUUUCCUUGCCUUUUCCUGAAAGUCUGCACCUUUUUAAAAGCGAUAUAUCCUGUUUAAUUUGGUUCAAGUGUAAUAGAUUUCAAGCCAAAGACCAGUGAAACAGUAUAUAACUACUGAAUGAAUGUGAGUGGACUGUUUCAGUUGAUGAUGUGAAACUUCCAUUUAACGAGGCUAAGCUGAGCAAAAUGGAAAAGUCAGUUUUCAACGAGUAUAUUCUGCGACAGUGCACAAACAAAGCUCUUAGAAUCUUUAGAAUCUUAACAUGUAGACCCCUCAAUACUGCUAAUAAGGCGAAAAAGGAAUGUGAACCAAUCACAAGAACCAUACAUCACUUAGUAUUUUAGCUGGUAACCUGAGUUUACUAAGCAUGAUUUUUCUGUGCUCAGUAAAUUUGUUAGUGUGAAAAACGGCUGAAUGAAAUGUGCCCCAUUGAUUGAUCGAUCCUUCCGGUAAGGAUAAUUGUUUAUAGGGCACUUGACCCUGGAGUGAUUGUUCCUUGUCAGGGACUAAGGGACUGAUUGAUAAGACAACGCACUGAUUGAGCUUCCUACCUGCUCUGUUUGGAAUUAAACCACUCAAAUACCUUGAAGGGAUGGUACUACAUCGGUUGGUUGAAUAUGUUUGGGGGGGGGGGGUUCUUUCCUUAAUUAAAAGACAAAAUAAUAAAUGGAUGGUUCAUUCAUUCAUUCUGGAAAAUAAUCUAGUUUGCCAGAAAGCUGUGAAAAAGUAUAAUUUUAUAAUUUGUUUUUGGGCUGUUCUUUUAUUCAAUCUUCUAGUUCAACAAAAAAGAGCGAUAGGCAUAGUCAUGGAACAACAAACGCACAUUACUCAUACACCAUGUACAAUGUAGCAGUAAGCAGGCCCGAUACUUCACAGAGGCAACGUAGGCAUUUGCCUCCUUGCCUUUGUGCCCUUGAAGAACUCUUGCAGUAGAACAUGUAGAAAUUUACAAUUUCCUCACAGAGUGCCCUUUACCGAGAAGAAAAUGUCUUGGUCCCCUUGCCCGUUCAAAAGCAAAGCAUACAGGGCCUGAGUAUGUAUAUAUGCAUGUAGUACCAAUAAAAAUAAAAACUCUUGAACAAGCAGUUGAAAAAAACCUUUGAAUCAAAAGCUAAAGAAUACAACCAUUGUCGUACCAUUCCCUGAAAGCCAUUUCAGACUUGAAUGCAUCAAGAUAUGUGCAGUCCUCACUAAGAUUUUGACUUGUGUUUGUUUCAGAACCUCACAGUUCUCAUGACUAACCCUAACCGAUUUCCCUUGUUAUUUUGCUACCAUUUCUUUUUCCUUGGUUAAAAGUACUAACGAUCAUUUGCAUGUUAACUAUGAUCUCAUUUGCAGCAUGUGUAACUGUUACCCCUUCAUUGCACUUUAGUAUUGUUCAUCUCCAUCGGAGCCACAGCAUUGAUAUUUCUAGAAAAUUUACAUACAGGAUUGUAAAGUAGAAAUUAUGCAAAUGUACUUCUUGAAA